UAUAAAUAUAGCGGCAAUUGAUAAAUAAUGAUACAUUAGCAUCAAGAACAAUUUCAUUUUUGCCACCAUGACUGCUAUUGUUGAUAGUGAUAACAUAUUACUCAACAUUUCAUCCGAUGAAAUUAACGAUUUUAUAAGUGAGUACACAUUGGAAGGUAAAUGGGAUAGUGUAAUAAGGUUGUACAAUAAAUUUCCAGAACAAGCUCACACAGCAAUUAUCUCUGAUUCAGCUGGCACUGCAUUACAUGUAGCCAUAGAUUUAGACGAAGAAUUUUUUGUCGAAAAGCUUGUGCAUGCAAUUUUAAUGCAUAAUAAUUUGGAGGCAUUGGAAAUUGGGAAUGAACAUGGAGACACACCAUUGCAUUUUGCAGCAUCAAGGGGUUUUGCAAGAAUAUGUAAGUGUAUAAUUGGUAGUGAGAAUGAGAGGAUAUAUUUGUUGAGUUGUAAAAAUAAAAAUGGCGAGACACCUUUUUUUCAAGCUGCUGUUAAUUGGAGAAAACAAGCUUUUGCUUAUCUUGCUCAUAUUUCCAAAGGGAUGGUCAAUUUGCAAGAACUUCUUGUGCGAAAUGAUGGUGAUAGUGUUCUUCACACUGCUAUCCAGGGAGAACAUUUCGAUUUAGCUGUGAUAAUAGCAAAUUACUAUGCUUUCCUUAGCACACAUCAGAACGAAGAGGUAUCCACUCCUCUGUAUCUCCUUGCUAAUAAGCCUUCAGCUUUCAAAAGUUCUAGCAGCCUACCAUGGUAUAAACGAAUCCUAUACUACAGCAUACAUGUGGAACCAGUGGAUGCUGAAAGAACAAUGUGGUCAAUAUUGAGAGAGAUGGAGGCUCCUCAGAUCUGGAUCCAAACAUUCGGAUUCCCAUCUAAUUAUAUCACUUUGUGUGAUUUUUAUCAAGGGUUAAUUGUCAUUCUAUCUGGAAAAUGGUUUAAAAAAAAGAAACAACACGACAUAGAAGACCCAUCAAAUGACAAUCGUCGUCCUUUUAAUUCUGAGAAUAAUCUGGAAGGAGUUUUGCCACCAAAUUACAAAACCUUUCGCCUAUUUGUCAGAUGUAUAUCUGAACUCACUCUUAGACUUUUUGGAGAUUUAAAGCACAUAAAGAUUGCAAAGAACAAUCACAUAUGGAGUAGUCAGCUGUUGAAGGCACUAUUGAAGAAUGCAGCAUUAACGAAGAGGAACUAUUUGGAUCCUGUAUAUAUGUUGACAGUUGGAACAAGCAGGAUGAUUGAAGAAAAAAGUGAACGAGACAAAAUGGCAUAUGUGAAGGAGAAGGCACCAAUUUUGGUUGCAGCUAGAAAUGGCAUAUAUGAAAUGGUGAAAGAAAUUCUAAUCGAAGCACCAACUGCCCUCCGUAGUACUAACUCAAGCAAACAAAAUGUAUUGCUUGUUGCAGUAGAAUACAGGAAAAUCCUAGUUGUUAAGACUUUGAGAAAGAUUCUGGAAUCAAAACAUUGGAAUAGCGCCUCUUCAAAACAAGAAAAACUUUGGAAUAGCGCCUCUUCAAAAAGAGAAGAAAUUUUGAAUAGCGCCUCUUCAAAAAAAGAAAAACUUUGGAAUAGCUUGGUUCUUGCAAAGGAUGAUAAGCAGAAUACAAUAUUGCAUUUGGCAGCAGAGGCACAAGCUGUUGAUAAACCUGGACAGAAUAUUGCUAGGUCUGCAUUACAAAUGAUGUGGGAUAUGAAAUGGUUUCAGUAUAUCAAAAGCCUUGUGCCAGAACACUUACAUUUGACAAGCAACAACAAAGGCAAAACAGCUGAAAAUAUCUUCAAGGAAUCACAUGAAGGUCUUAUAAAAGACAGCAAUGAAUGGCUAAAAAACACAGCAGAUUCCUGCUCGGUUGUAGCCGCGCUUGUCGCUGGUGCUUCCUUCACCACAACAAGUGCAGUACCUGGCGGAACAACUGAGGGUAGACCAGUAUUAGAAGGCAAUCCUGCAUUCAAUGUCUUCCUCUUUGCUUCGCUUAGUGGCCUUUGUUUCUCUUUCACCGCACUCAUCAUGUUCCUUUUUGUUCUCACAUCUCAAAAACGAGCAAAAGAUUUUCGCAGGGAUUUGCCACUGAAACUUUAUAUCGGGCUAAUUUCACUUUUUGUGUCGAUUGCUUCUAUGAUUGUUUCGUUCUGCACUGGCUACUUUUUUCUGCUUAGCCACAAAUUUAAGUUGAUUUUGUUCUCAAUUUCUGCAGCAGCUUGUUUGCCUGUGGUUUUCUAUGGUGCUGCGCAAAUUCCUCUGUACCAUUAUCUUCUAACAGCUAUUUUCACUAAGAUACCAAGGGCAAUUGAUGACGUUGACAUUUUUUAAGAACCUCUAUAUCACUAUUUGGAAUAAUCAAUGUGGUGUUGGAUAUAUUCAUUUGUAAUAUGUAAUGCUUUUAAUUAUUUUUCUUCUUUGGCUGGUUAUGUGUGUUGAAGUUGAGAUCAUUUGGCAUACUUCUAGAUAAACUUUUGAUAUAAACAUGAUGCUUCGAAAUGUAAUAAUAUCUUUUAUGUAACUGA